CAGUCCUUCUGCUGCAGCCACCUUAGUGCUGGGAUUACAGAUGUGCCACUACCAUGCUCCUCUUAGGCCUUCAUCUUCUUCCAGUAGUGGGUUUGAGCACAGGACUUUUACAUGCCGGCCAAACGCAAACAUGAUCUUUUGUGUUCAAGGCUGUCUGGAGGGGAAAAAUUGUGACUGCCAAGUACUGAACAUAAAAAAUGACCUACAGGACUAGGAAGAUGGCUUGGUCAGUAAAUUGCUUGCUUCAGAAGUAUGAGGACCCAAGUUCAAAUCACCAGAACCCAGUUUUUCCAUGGUUUGGCUUGGAUAUUGGUGGAACCCUAGUAAAGCUGGUUUAUUUCGAACCUAAAGACAUCACUGCUGAAGAAGAAAAGGAGGAAGUGGAGAGUCUGAAAAGCAUUCGCAAGUACCUGACCUCCAAUGUGGCUUAUGGAUCCACAGGGAUUCGGGACGUGCACCUUGAGCUGAAGGACCUGACUCUGUGUGGACGCAAAGGCAAUCUGCACUUUAUACGCUUUCCCACUCAUGACAUGCCUGCUUUUAUUCAAAUGGGCAAAGAUAAAAACUUCUCGAGUCUCCACACUGUCUUUUGUGCCACUGGAGGCGGAUCAUACAAAUUUGAGCAGGAUUUUCGCACAAUAGGUGACCUUCAACUUCACAAAUUGGAUGAAUUGGAUUGCUUAAUAAAAGGAAUUUUGUACAUUGACUCAGUUGGAUUCAAUGGACGGUCACAGUGCUAUUAUUUUGAAAAUCCUGCUGAUUCUGAAAAAUGUCAGAAGUUACCAUUUGAUUUGAAAAAUCCAUACCCUCUGCUUCUGGUGAACAUUGGCUCAGGUGUUAGCAUCCUAGCAGUGUAUUCCAAAGAUAAUUAUAGGAGGGUCACAGGCACCAGUCUUGGAGGAGGAACUUUCUUUGGUCUCUGCUGUCUUCUUACUGGCUGUAGCACUUUUGAAGAAGCUCUUGAGAUGGCGUCUCGUGGGGAUAGCACCAAAGUGGACAAAUUAGUUCGAGACAUUUAUGGAGGAGAUUAUGAAAGGUUUGGAUUGCCAGGCUGGGCUGUAGCUUCAAGUUUUGGAAACAUGAUGAGCAAGGAGAAGAGAGAAGCUGCCAGUAAGGAGGACCUCGCCAGAGCUACAUUGAUCACCAUCACCAACAACAUUGGCUCCAUAGCAAGAAUGUGUGCCCUUAAUGAAAACAUUAACCAGGUCGUAUUUGUCGGCAAUUUCCUGAGAGUCAACACAAUCGCCAUGCGACUUCUGGCAUAUGCUCUGGAUUACUGGUCCAAGGGGCAGCUGAAAGCGCUGUUUUCAGAGCACGAGGGUUAUUUUGGAGCCGUUGGUGCACUCCUUGAGCUAUUGAAGAUACCCUGAAUGUUACUCGGAGGACUUCCUGAAACCUACCACAGGGGCAUCUAUGGACCUUUUUUUCUUUUUCUUUUUAAGAGACGUUUUAUGAUCGUGUACUACCCAAAUCAGAGCAAGAAACAAAUGUAUUUUUCUAAGUCAUCAAGAUAAAUUCUUAAAAUUCUGUCUAAUCUA